AUGCAAGUAAAAUCAAUAUAAAGGAAUACUCCUAUUUUUUUUUAUGGUGAUAAGGACGAAUAAAUCUACUAUGUUUUAAAGGGCUCUGUAUAGCUCUUUAUUCCAAAGUCAGAAAAAGAAAUCUGGGAUGAGGUAGAUUUUAACAGGAGAUUAAAAAAUGCUUCUAAUGACUAAAAGGUAUUAGAAGAAAAAGAUAGAUUUGAUAUCGUUAUAAAUGCUAUUUAAAAAAUGAAAGGGUCUCACAUUGAUUUAAUCAAAUAGAAUGAUAAACUUAAAAAAAAAUAUUUUGAUGAAAAUUACUAAGUAUCUAAAAUUAAAAAAAUUUAAUAAGUAAAAGCAAAAUAAAUGUUUGGAGAGAUAAGCUAUCUACUUGAGAAACCAAGACCUUAUACUGCAAUCGCCUCAGAAGAGUGUUAUUGUGUUAUUUUUGAACCAAAAAUUUAUAGGCGAGCACUUGGAGAAUAUUUCUCAUUCAUCAACUGCAAAAACAUAUAUUUAAAUAAUUAUUUUAGCUCUAUGAGGAAAGAAACAAUUUUUCAUCUUAGUAUUUCGUUUAACUAAGAAACCAAAUUAUAGCUAGGGGAUUAUUUAUUUAGAGAAGGGGACUAAGGAAGUAGAAUAUACCUUCUAAAAUAAGGAAAAAUAGAAUUUCAAAAGAGAUUAGCUUCUUCAUCUUCUGUAUUUCAUUAAAAAAGAAAGAACCUUUAAAAAUUAAAAUAAAAACAAACCUAACAGAAGAAAAAUUAGAAAUCUUCAUUUACGAUGCAAAGUUUAACGAAGUUAAUUCAGCUAGAUGAAUAAGAUGAUACUUAAUAAUAACAAAACAAUCAAAGUUUUAAACGUAGUAACAAAAAAAAGAAAACUUUCUAAAUUUAAGAAUAAGAGUAACCCUCUAGUCAAGAUUCUUUAACAGAAAUUCAUUCAAAUAAAAAAACAUAUGAUUAGCUUAAUGUAAGCACUUUUGGAACUUAAGAUUAAAUGUAAUCAAUUAAAAUUGCUUCAAUGGUUUAAUUUGAAGAGUUUGAUAAAAAUGAUACUUAAAAAGAGAAUUUAAUAAAAUAAAAUGAAAACUUGGAAUAAAAUGAUAAUGCUGAUAAAUAAGACGACUUCAAAUAUAAAGAUGUCAGCUUAGGUAUUAUCUAAUAAGGAGAGUUUUUUGGGUUUGAGGAUAUACUAAUAAGCAGCUAAAAUAAUUAUUCAUAGAAUGUGUCUUAAAAUAGGAGAACAUAUUCUGCUAAGGUAAUUUCGUCAGAUGCUAUUGUUUUUAGCAUUGAGCGUUCCACUUUUUUGAAAAUGUUAUCUUAAAAUGAGAAUAGAUUCGCUAAAAAAAUUUGA